CUCAGACUACGAUAAUUGUACAGAACGAAUUGCCAAUAUAUCGCCGACUGACGUCACCAGUCUUAUAUAUUUGGCGGGUUAUUCUCUCAGCCUGGCCGUCCUUUCACUUGCCGUCUUCGUUUUCUUAUAUUUUAAGGAUCUAAGAUGUUUAAGGAAUACAAUACAUACAAAUUUAAUGUCUACAUAUAUACUAUCAGCAUGUAGUUGGAUCUUAAAUUUAGCUUUACAGAACUGGUCAGAUGAAGCACAACAAGAUCAAACAUCAUGCAUGAUAUUAGUGAUAUGUAUGCAUUAUUUUUAUCUCACAAAUUUCUUCUGGAUGCUUGUAGAAGGUUUAUACUUAUAUAUGUUAGUAGUUGAGACUUUUACUGCUGAAAAUAUUAAAUUGAAAGUAUAUACAACUAUUGGCUGGGGUGCUCCAGCUGUUUUUAUUACAAUAUGGAUGAUAUCGAGAUGUUUCGUAAACAUUGUAGCAUCCACCGGACCAGAUGGGUUGGCGCUAUCUGGUGAAUCGAAGAUGUGCAUAUGGAUGCAUGAACACCAGGUGGACUGGAUCCAUAAGGCACCAGCUCUCGCCGGCCUCGCUCUCAAUCUAUUUUUCCUCAUUAGGAUUAUGUGGGUCCUUAUAACGAAACUGCGGUCAGCGAACACUCUUGAAACUGAGCAAUACCGGAAAGCGACGAAGGCGCUCCUAGUUCUGAUCCCACUGCUGGGCAUCACGAACUUAUUAGUAUUGUGUGGACCCAACGACGAAUCGUGGUUCGCUCACGCCUUCGAUUAUACCCGAGCGCUGAUGUUGUCUACACAGGGUUUCACAGUAGCCCUCUUCUACUGCUUCAUGAAUACAGAAGUCCGUCAUGCAAUCGGCUACCAUGUCGAGCGAUGGAAAACGGGCAGAACUAUUGGAGGUGGACGAAGAAGAGGUACUUCUUACUCCAAGGACUGGUCUCCGAGAUCGAGGACUGAAAGCAUACGUUUAUACAGUCACCCUUCAAAGAGGGAAUCUGCAGCGUCGGAAACUACAACUACAACGCUGUUGGUACCGAGAACCUCGCUCGCUCUACACUAUGAUGGAAGGCAUCUUCACGCCGAUUACAUCACGAGCGGCAGCGCGAGCGGCGAGCAGUCACCAGUGUGAGGCGGGGGGCGGGGGAGGCUCUCGCGCCUACGCACUUUGCCCGAAGAGGACGCCCCACCUGUUGCGUCGCUUGCCUCUCCCGCCUUACUUCAUCCUUCUACAAUUGAAAUAAAAUCUUCAAUGGACACUAUUUCUACACUCGAAGAUAAAUCUCAAACGCCUAUCGCUUUCUGUAAUGCUGAUUUCGAAAAUAAAAAUAAUAUCACUGCUAAUUCCAGUGAACAAAAAUCAACAUCGAAUGGACCAUUUUCGGUUACAACAAGUUUCGAAGAGUCUACUCCCGAACAUUUUAGAGACUAAAUAGAUGCAUUUUAUAAAGCUGUGUUGUGGCUAAGAUUAGAUAAGUUACAAGUAUUUAUUUCGAUAAUAUUAAAAAUAAAUAAUAUUAUGCUUACUGACUGAUUACCACUACCUAAUUAUAGUCCACUGUAUAUACAUACUACAUAUUAUAAUAUACACCUAUAACUUACGAGUGCCAUAAAGUUAUUAAUAAUGUAUCAAACAUUAUCAACAACUUAUUGUCUAUAUAAUGUCGUGAUGAACUUAUGUAAUUAUUAAACAGUCACUUAAAAUUUCUUAUCCAAUAAUAGUUUUCCAUUACUUGAAUAUAUCAUUAUAAUUAAAACAAAGUAAUACAAAACUGUAUAUUGUUUCAUAAUAACAACUACGAAUAUAAUGGUUUGUAUAUGAAAAAUCUUAUUAAAUAUUCUUGUUUUCCCUAGAUUGCACGUAGGCAUAAUUUAGAAAAGAUGAGAAUUUGAUCUAAUUCGAAAAAUGUAGCGAAAAUUGUAAGUAUAGACAUAGUAAUAAGCUUGUUUGUUAAUUCUUUAAUGUGUGCAAGUACACUUAUCCUUACGUAUUGGGGUAUUAAAAAAACCAUAGUGACCUAAAACAGCUCCAAAUUUCUCAUUGUAAUCGAUGCCAAAACAUUAAGAGCGUUUAAAUUAUAAUGAAUAUAAUUUAUUAUAUUUAAAUAAACUUCCUAUAUCAGAACUUUUUUAAGUACGUUUUCUGAAAAUGCACGAUUAUUAAGAAUAAGUAUAAUAAUAACAAAGCUUAAGCAAAACUCAUAUUAACUAACUUUAUUUACAAGUAGCUUCGCUAGCUGUUUUUUUGCUUCCAGCUACUGAUUGGAUAAUAAAGUUUUUAAAAUUAAAUGUAGAUUUUGAAAAUUAUUCAAACGCGUAAAUUUUGUGCCCAAAAGCUGAUUUGGCCCGAAUAGUAUUGACAUCAAACCUUUUUAACAUACUAGUCGCUUGACAAAAAGAAUGGAUAUUAAAAAUUACUGCAAAAAAUUAUAAAAAGUGUAGUAGUGCCAGUUAAUGCAGUUUUGAAAAGUUGUAAAAAUGUAAAUAGCUAGGGCAUAUGUGAGGUAGUCGAUUUAUUAUUAGAAAUAAAAAGAAAUAUUGGAAUACCGUUAUUAUAAUAAUCGAUUCUUUAAAAAGUAGUAGUACCUUAUAAGCUUUGUUUUAAUAGAAUUUAAUAAAAAUGUAAACAAAUGAACAUUUAACUAUCGUAAAUUCAAACAUACAUGUUAUUCUUAUUAAGAGAUGACUCUAAAUCGAUUAAUUCAUGCAUUUCUUAUAAAUUUUAUUAUUUUGUUUACGAAUAAAUAAAAUGAAAAAAAAAAUAAUCUGACCAUAAGACAGUCUGAAUAAAAAAUCGAUAAACUGAUUGAUUGGUUUAAUUUGUUACUAAUUUCAUUUACGCAAUAUUUCCGAAAUAAUUUGUUAACAAGAAGAACCUAAUUACCCUUUUUCAACUAAUUUUAAAAAAGAAGGAGGUUCCCAAUUCGGCUGUAUUUUCUUUUUUAUGUUUAUUACCUCAUAACUUCGUCAGUUUUAAAUCGAUUUAAAAAAAUAUUUUUUAAUAUAUUUUAUACUUACAGUUUAGUCCUGUAGAAUUUUAACAAUAUCUGUCCGGUAGUUUAGUUUUAAAAAUCAAAACAACUGAUUUUGUCACAAUUGAAGUCUGUUUUAUUUAUGGGACACAAUCUUUGUUUAUAUUAAAUUCUAUUGAAACAUACUACACCUAGUGCUUUAAAUAAAUCUAUAUUAGCAUACAAGUAAAUUUAGAAGAUGCCAAACGAGUUAAUUUAUAUAUUUAGCUUAAGAAUAAUGUUUGUAGUUAAGUAGAAAUAUAAGGCAAACAAUUGGGAAACAAAACGCUAUUUGUACUAUAAAAUUAUAGCAUAUCGUAAUUUAGUAUUAAUAUGUUGUCUCCUGAACUAUUUAUUUCAGUUAAGAAAGGAUUAAGAAAGAACAAUGAUGAUGAGGAAUAUUAACAUGCAACGGGAGAAAUAAAUGUGAAUAAAAAUAUUUCAUUAGAUAAUAAUUUUACAUAUAUUUAUUUAAAAUAUUAGAAUUAUUUUUCCGGUUCCAGCGGAUCUACUAUGAAAUGAAAUUCCGGAAUUUCGGACUCAAUUUCAUGUUUUUUUUUAUACCAAAAUCAGACCAAUAAAUGGAGUUUAACAUUUCGUUCUUCAUACAUCCUAUCAUAAAAGUCCAAAGGAACAAUAACUUUAACACUUUUAAUAUUUUCAAACAUUACAUGAUGUUUAUGUUAUGUAAAUUUAACAUCAAAUUUCUGUUUCGUUUAGCUCCGAAAUUUCGAAAAACAUUUCAUGGUAGGCUCUCAGAUUUACCUGGCUCAUAGUACUCACAUUUGAUAUUUCAUUAUGUACCUAUUAUAAUAGUGUGAGCAUGUAGUGGAAAUACCCGAAAACAUGUAUUCUCGAUUGAAAAAUAGCGCAAGGAUAAUGCAUGACACCAAAGAAAAUCAUAGGGUUCAAGAAAAGCAUGUCAUAGGAAUGAAAUACCUAUAUAAACAUACCUAUUCUAUAUGUAACCGAGAAUAUAAUAUGAUAUCUGUGCCAAUUACGUUUAAAUUAAUUUAGUUUUGCAUGACUGAGUGUAAGCAUCCAAAUUUUUAAUUGAAAUUUACAUUUUUAGAAAUACGAAUAGAUAGUCUUCUAAAGCUGAAGGUGUAGCUUUAAUUUAUCAUCAAAAUUUGUUUUUACGUAAUAUUUACUUAUAAAAAAACGAACCAAUAUAAAGAUUGUAAAAAUAUUUUAGCUCCUUUUAAUCAAUCAAUGAUUACCUACGCAGCAGGAGUUUUUUUUUUUUAUUAAUAUUGAAUGUACAGAGGCGAUCUCUCUUACAAUUUUAUUAUAAUGUAUAAAUACAUGUAUAUAAAUAAUAUUUAAUUCUACAAUAUUGAGCAAAUAUUUCCUAUAAAUGAGUUGCUACAUUGCAAGGCUGAAUACUAACUGUCAGAGUAGUAUACCGCUUUCAAUAAAUCUAUCAGUGUAGUACGAAAUAAAAUGGCUAAAGCCUCUUAAAAGUAGUCGACAUUUUUUAGAAUGUUUAUCAGUCACAUGAAACAGUCUGGCAAUGGGACAAUGGACUAUGUAAAGCUAUGCUGGAUACAAAAAAGACUACAGUCUAUUUCUGACAGUAAUUACCACGGUAAUUUUCUUUGCAUUCAAAAUUAUAACAUUUACAAGUAAUUCAUGACCUUUACAUUAAUAAAGUAUUCAGAAAUAUUCUGGCGAAUGACCUUUAACGAACUUCAUUGACUAUAUUAAAAUAAUAAAAAAAUGCUUAUUCUUCACCUUCAGAAAUUAUCAACUCUUAAUGAUUUUUUUUAUGCAACUCAGAAUCGCAAACAAGCUGACGGCCCACAUAAUGACAAGUAUAAGUAGCAACCGUCACCUAUAGCAGGGCUUCCUAAACUUUAAAAAUAAUGGAACGCCCACCAAAUACCUUUUAUUUUAUGAAACCCCAUAUCAAACGGUUUCAAAUCAAAAACAAUAUAAUAUAAAUAAAAACAAAAGCUUUUAUUACAAACAUUUUAAAAUUAUAACACUUUAUAGUUUCCUUUAAUUUUAAAUGUGAAGAAUGAAAUUGUUUCACUGUAUAAAUAAUUUCGCGGAGCCCUAGUAACUUUUUUACGGAUCCCACUUUAGGAAUCGCUGGCCUAUAGACAUAAACAGUAACAUGGAUAUAACUGUUUCGCCCAUGUUACCCCCAUACAUUGCCAUUACUGAGAACUAAGGUGUUACGCCUCUGUGCCCUGUAAAUUAUCUGCAAUAUCCCACCCUUCAAACCGAAACACAACUGCAUCACAGUAAAAACUCGAAUAGGACAGAGGUACUCAAGCAAUCGAUUUUUGUACAAAGCCUCCCUCUGGUAUGAAUGAUAUUGAAAUGAUACUGACUGAGCUAUCCGUAAAUGGUGAUAGAUGAGGAUAAAAUCAGGUCAGUUAGCACAUUGUAACGGAUCAACAAGAAUUAUUUACGAUAGUUUCAGAGGCAACCGCGUGGAUGUCAACCUAACCUUAUUAACCAAUGUAAAUAUACCCUAUAUUACUAGCAAUGAGAAUUAACUUCCCCAUUAUGGACAAUCCCUCUCCCCUAAUUGUCAAGUGUGAACUACCAAUGAACAAUGAGAAACACCUUGUCAUUUCCAUAAAAGAAAAAUAUUUAAAUAUUGAUAUGACAUACAAAUUUAUUAAUGACCAGAAUAAAAUUCAUGACACCAUUUUCUUGUAAAUUAUUGUAAUAGUUUAAUAAACUUUAGUACUUUCAUGAUAUAGGUACAUGCUGAGCCGAUUAUUACGUCUAUAAUAGCCAUAAAAUAUUUUUAUAACAGGCCAUAGACAUAGCCUGUGGUAACCAUUCCAGCUAUAAAUGAUGAAGACGAAAUCCUGUAAGUACCAAAUGUUAUGUCAAAAAUAACUGUAUAACAUUGUGUAAUUUUUGUCAUGUGUCUCGAAAUAAGAAAUUAUAUUAUAAUAAUUAUAGAUUAUAUUAUAAUAAUAUUUGUACAUUUACUUGUAA